ACGUGGUUGAUUACAAUGGCAAUUCAAGCUCCUAAGGCCAAGGCUCUCGCUGCCAAGAAGUCCGCCCUCAAGGGUGUCAGUGGACAGACCUCUCGCAAGGUCCGCACCUCCACCCACUUCCACAUCCCCAAGACCUUGAAGUUGGCCCGUAAGCCCAAGUUCGCUCGCAAGUCGAUCCCCCAUGCCCCUCGCAUGGAUCAGUACCGCGUUGUCCGUCAGCCCUUGAACACUGAGACUGCCAUGAAGAAGAUUGAGGAGCAUAACACCUUGACCUUCAUCGUCGAUGUCAAGGCCAACAAGGCUCAGAUCAAGGAUGCUGUCAAGAGACUCUAUGACGUCGAGGCUGCUAAGAUCAACACCCUUAUCAGACCCGAUGGUUACAAGAAGGCUUUCGUCCGUUUGACUGCUGAUGUCGAUGCUCUUGAUGUCGCCAACAAGAUCGGCUUCAUCUAAACGUUGGUUGAGACUCAUCAAUAAUAAUAAUAAAAAGAAUUGUUCUUCAUCAUUACCAAAUGCAUUAAUAU